UGGUGGUGAAACAAUUGGGGCCUCGCCUCAGUGAGGGUUGGCCGCCGGUUAAUGUCACGGUCUUAAUUAGUGAUCGCGAGUUGUCUGGGAGGCAAUAUAAAACGUCGGCACGAGACAGAGAGUGAGAAACACAUUCAUCAGAGCUCUACUCAGGCUGUUGCAGCGAACCUAACUGAGACGUAAGUACUGAGAGGAGAUCCGAGUUUCCGUUGCAAUCGCGCAAAAAAGCUUGAAGGACGUUUCUGCAGUGACACCGAAGACGUUGGACAUUGAAUUUGAAGCCAACCUGUCUGCUGCGGCAAUCAACAAUCUCCUUUGCUUGGUCACUUCAGAGACUGGAAAAGCACGAGGAUGAACAUCAAAACUUUUGUUGGAGUCAUUUUGUUAUUUGGAACAAUUUCUGAGGGACUUCAGCGACAUGGCGGUGGUGGGAGAGUGCUCCUUCAGUUGGACACCACCCUUGACGAGAACGACCCCAUUGCAACCACCGCGGCCACAGGGCCAACCACCGUCAGCACAGGGUCAACCACUGGCAACCCAGGGGUCACCGAUGACGCAGCCACUCCCACUACCGUCGCAGUGACAACCAACAAUGGCACAACCAAUACCCAAAUAGUGACUGAAACCGUUGCACAAGUGGCAAUUCGAAGAUCAGCAGAGACAGCGGUAGCGGCGUCCACAACUGCUGCAUCGACAGCAGCGUUAUUGGCCAGCUCAGCUGCGGCAGCAACCGCCGCGGCCUCAGGGGGGUCCUUGCUAGCAGAAGCUGCUGCAGAAGAGGCUUCGUCCGCUGCGGACGGGGCGGCCGAUGCGGCGCUGGAGUUUGCGCAAGGCAGUAUCAAUGCGAGCGAGGCCGCAGCCGCGGCGGCCGAUGCUGCCACUGCGGCUGAAAACGCUGCAGCGACUUCACAGGGGGCUGCACAGGGAGCGAGUGGGAACUUGUCCAUGCUGGCACUCCAACUGUCCCAAGCAGCAGAAAAUGCAGCAACCAUCGCCAGGUCUGCCGCAAACACAUCCGCCUUAGCGGCCAACGUGAUGGGCUCGGCACUCACAGCAGAUCAGGCAAUGUCCAUCAUACAAGACGCCAGAAACGCCAACGAACAGGCGGGGUCGGCAGCACAAGAACUCCGAGCUUUACUCAAUUCAGACCUACCGCCAGAUGUCGAGGCAAGCGUCCGCCAAGCCAUCAUAGCGGCCGAGAGUUCGGCCGCGUUGGCAGAAGAAACGGCAGCUCAGGCGCAAGCUGCGCUCGACACGGCAGACCAAGCUGCGGCGCCCAGUGAAGGAGACACGGAAGCUGAGUUAGCCGGCCAAUUAGCGCUCCUCCAAAUCCAAACUGCAGCACAAAGCGCAGGCGCAGCAGCAGAAGCUGCGGGAGCACCACCCGGAGCUGUACAAGCUUCAAGACAAGCCUCCCUGGCAGCCGCGGCAGCGUCCCUCGCCGCCUCGGCAGCGGCCGUCACCGGGCAAUCCACCGGAGCUGAUCUUGACGGUGUCAUCAACACCGCUUUGGAAAGGGCGGAGGAGGCAAAUCUUGCAGCCCAGUCGGUUGCCAAUGGAGACGCAGAGCCGCAGGUGGCCAGAGAUGCCGCGGACGCUGCCGCGAAUGCAGCAGAGGCGGCGGCCGAAGCAGCGCGACAAGCCUCGUCGACGGGAAGCAUCGAUGGAGAAGCGGCACAGGUGUCGCAGGACGCGGCGGAGCUGGCCAGCAGAGCGGCGACGGUGGAACCCGAUGAAUUUGACGACACUGCCGCACAGUUUGCAACGGUUGCAAGGAAUGCUAGAAUACUAUUUUCAAAUCGGUUGUCAUCCAUGCUGCCGCCUGAAACGUUGACGGCCAUUCAAGGUGCAGAAGAGGUAGCGGCGCUGGCGGAAGUUGCAGGAGUCGCAGCCGAAGCAGCAGACAAUUUAUCAGGCGCACAAAGUUUAGUGGCGGUCACAAAUGCAACAACUCGAUCAGCGAUGGAGAUGGUGCGCGACCUACCAGAAGGAACGGCGCUGAGCUUGGCCCGAGAUUCAUUAGGGGUCGGCUUGACGGCCUCGGCCGCGGCAGUAAGCGCCACGUGCUCGGCGGCUGCGGCGGGAGCCGGAGCAGAAUCGGCAGCCAGAGUCGCCUUGAGCGCCGCAGAGGAUGCGGCGAGCGCUGCCACCUCGCUGAGCAACGGUCAAGGCACCCUGAGUUCCACAGUGGACGCUGGACUGGCGGCGUCCCGUGAAGCCAAUAACGCUGCCCAGGCGGCCAUGUCAGCAUCGCAAAACGGAUCGGAGAUGGACAUGGAGCUGGCCGGCCUGGCCGCCGAGGCGGCCCGAAUAGCGUCUAGGGCGACUGAGUCAGCGCAAAGCGUGGCCUCGGCCGAAGCGACGACGCAAACCAUAGCGAACGCCCGCCAAGUGGCCAGACAAGUGGACGACGACUGGAGGAACUUGACGGCGCGGGUGCAGGGCAUGCUGACGGAUAAUCCACAGGGAGGUCUCGGGGGGUUUUUGAAUCAGCUGGCCUUGCUGAACGUAGCGUCCACAACGCAGGCAACCACUGAGGCCACCAGGCAAGUGGCAGACUUGGCCGUGACGACAACCACCACGACGGGCCCGCUCCUCAACGCCGAGACGGCCACCAUGCAAUCUCUGGCGAGAGUGGCGGCCUCCACUGCCAACUUGGCCGUGAGAGGAGCAAACACCUCGCUGGCCAACCUUGUACAAACCAGUGGCGCCCGGCGCCCCUCACUCAGUGCCGCCACCGCCGCCGCCACCACGGCCGCCCUGCUCAUGUUCAUGCUCUAAAAUCUGUUUUCAAUUUUGUAAAUUUGUACAUUGAGGGAAGAAAUGUAUCUGCUUGUCCUCGUGUUAUGAUUUGUAUUUCAAAUGUGCUCGUCAUAUAUUCACUCGCAUUGGCCAAAGUGAACCGCAUGUGUCUGCCGGGACGCCAUCAUGAACGUCAGCGACCAUGACUGCAUGAGUUGUACUUCCGCUACUUUUGGGACGCACCUGAAAGAACAUGUCGGAGUUGCGCGUCAGACCCGAUGAAGACAAGUGAUGAGUUGGACUCGCCUCGCACAUCAUCGUGAAGCCAAGCGUGGAGAGGAAAUGAUUGUGCGUGGCUUCCAAUAGGUGGAACGAGGGUGACGUGGCGCAGACGAACUGAUCCGUCCGUUCAUCCGUCUUCAUUGAUGGAACGCUGUUGCCUUCUUCGCUGGACACAAUAAAAGAGAAAUUAAUUCAA